GAUACAAAAUUGUGCAAGGCUUAGCAUUAGCAUUGUUGUAUCUACACAAAAAAAGAGAUUUUUGUGUACUGCAUAGGGACAUAAAAGCAAGUAACAUUAUAUUAGAUUCGGCUUUCAAUGCAAAGCUUCAGAUUUUGGGUUAGCUAGGGCAAGGUUUCUCCUUGAUGCUUUGUAUGACCAAAAUACAAAUGCAUAAUGGUGCUAUAACUCUCUGUUUCCAUGGCGUUGCUUUGCUCACCUUAUUUGUUCUUAAUACUACAGGCGCGCCAAGUGGAAGAAAUUUAGCCUGCUGGAUAGAGAACCAGCCCAACUGCGACCAAGGAAUUGGUCGUCGAUCUCCUCCUCCAUCUCCUCCUCCAUCUCCUCCUCCUUAUCAUCCUUUUCCUCCAUCCUUUUCUCCAUCUCCUUCGACAAAUCAUGCAGCCCCACCAACCUUUCAGUUUGCUCCACCUGAACCACCUAAUCCCUUUCCUCCAAAGGGAAGAAAGAAUUUGGAAAGAAAAAAUAUGAAGAGAUUACUAGUCAAGAUUAUUAUUGCAAUAUUUGCUCUAACACUUGGCUUAGGUUUCAUUCUGUUCCUUUUUUGGUGGAAGCGGAAAGAAAAUAAACAAGAUGUUCUUGCCUUUGAUAUGUCCGUUGGUGAUGAAUUUGGGAAUGGCUUGGGACCUAGGGAGUUCUCUUUUGAUGUAUUGUCUAAAGCAACAAAGAAUUUUGCAGAUGAAGAGAAGCUUGGCGAAGGAGGGUUUGGAGCGGUUUAUAAAGGUUUCUUGAGAGAUUACAAUACAAAUGUAGCUGUUAAAAGGGUUUCAAGGAGGUCAAAACAAGGGAUUAAGGAGGAACUCUUACUUGCUUAUGAGUUCAUGCCUAGCGGCAGCCUUGAUUUCCAUCUCUUCAAAGGGAGGAGCUUGAUACCAUGGAAGAUUAGAUACAAAAUCGUGCAAGGCUUGGCAUCAGCAUUGUUGUAUCUACAUGAAGAAGGAGAUUUAUGUGUAUUGCAUAGGGACAUAAAAGCAAGUAACAUUAUGUUAGAUUCAAAUUUCAAUGCUAAGCUUGGAGAUUUUGGAUUAGCCAGGCUAGUUGACCAUGAAAAAGGAUCACAAACAACUUUAUUGGCUGGAACCUUGGGAUAUAUAGCUCCAGAGUGUCAUAGAACAGGUAAGGCAAGUAAGGAUUCAGAUGUCUAUAGCUUUGGAAUUGUGGUACUUGAAAUUGCUUGUGGUAGAAGGUCAAUAGAGCCCAUAUAUGAUGAGCAUCAGGCAUCACUGGUGGCUUGGGUUUGGGAAGCAUAUGAGAAUCAAAUGCUUCUUGAUGUAGCUGAUGAGAAACUCUGUAAAGACUUUAACGUGAAAGAGAUGGAGUAUUUAUUACUUGUUGGCUUAUGGUGUGCACAUCCUUCUCGUAGUAUGAGACCGUCAAUUAGGCAAGCAAUCCAAGUGCUUAAUUUUGAGGCAGCACCUCCAAAUCUAUCUAGUAAGAUACCGAUUCCAAAUUAUGAUGAUAUCCCUAGUACUUCCAUCAUUAGAAUAAGUGAACCUGGUUUACUUAGCAUUACUAUCCCUCGCUAAUAGUUGUGUCUAUGUUAAGAUAUGAACACAAUAAUUUAGAUUAUAUUUACACUUGUUGUAAAUAUUUUAUAUCUUAAAAUACUCUUUUUGUAUCCUUUACACCUUUGAAUAUUUUCUUUGUAAACAUUUAUAUAUAGGUUAUUAUACAUAGAGUAUUAUUCAAGAAAGCAAUAAAUCUUUC